AUGACCUUAGAUUAUGAAGUUUACAAGGAAGGAGGUAUUCUUAACGAUAGAUAUCAAAAGGUCGAAGAUAUUAGUGAAGGUUCAUAUGGAUUCGUUUCGUUAGCCAAGGAUACACAUAAGAAAAAAUUGGUAGCCGUAAAGCACUUCUUUAAGAUAGAGGAUAAGGAUGAAGGAGAAGAGGAUCGUAAAGAGAAUGAUAAAAAAAAUGAUGAUAGGAAGAGUCUUUGUUAUGAAGCAAUCUGUGAAAUAGAUAUACAAACGAAAUUGGGUAAUGAACACAGAAAUAUCGUAAAACUUUUGGAUCAUUUCGAUUCUUAUAUCGUUUUGGAAUAUUGCUCAGGUGGUGAUCUUUACGAGGCAAUUAAAGGUGGAUUAGUUCCAAGAAAAACUAAAAAGAUUACGUAUAUCCUACAACAAAUGAUCGAUGCUAUUGAAUUCUGCCAUAGCAAAGGUGUCUAUCACAGAGAUAUCAAACCCGAAAAUGUUCUAAUCACAAAUUUAUUUGAGUGGACCAUAAAAUUAAGUGACUGGGGAUUAGCAACUACUGAUAAGACCUCAAUCGAUCGUAACGUUGGUUCGGAAAGAUAUAUGGCUCCUGAAUUAUUUGAAAGUAAUUUGGAUAUUGGAGAACGUAAGGAACCAUAUUCAUGUGCUAAAGUGGAUGUUUGGUCAUUGGGGAUUGUUUUCCUUAAUACAGUUUUCUCUAAGAAUCCGUUUAGUGUUGCUAAUCAAACAGAUAAGGCUUUUUGCUAUUUUGCUGCUAAUCGAGAGGCACUAUUUGAUGUCUUCUCUACAAUGAGUUUAGAUUUCUUCCAAGUAUUACGUUAUUCCUUGACCAUUGAUCCAACUAAUCGUGAUUUACAAAAGAUGAGGCAGGAAUUAUUAAACCUCUCAGAAUACACUUUGGAUGAUGAAUACUACAAUUCAUUGGAUGAUGACUUGGCAGUAGAGGAAGAGCCACCUUCUGUUGCAAUACCACCUUCAUCUGCACCUGCACCUGCACCUGUCUCAUUAUUGACACCUGCAUCGUCAGCUGAACACAAGAAACAUAUUGAAAAACGUCGUGCAAGUGAUGUUAAAGAGAUUACACCAAUUUCUGAUGAAAGGGCUAAAGAUGUUCAAAGACAAGAUGGUAGAGCUAAGAGUGUACCUAAAUUUAAAUUCCAGAAGAAAUCGCAUCCAUCAAUGGGGAAGACUACAGAGGCUAAACCAAUCAAGUAUAACCAGAAGAAUCAUUACAACUUUGGUAGAUCUAAUAACAAUUUCUACCAUACAAGGAGAAAGCCCAUUAAAGAUUCUAGAAAACCUUUAGGUAUCCCGACUCCAAAUACUCAUAUCAACAACUUCUUUGACGAUUAUCGAAAGGCUCGUAAUAACAAUAACUAUCAUAGCAACAACUACGCUAGAAGUAGCAAUAGCUACCACAAUGGUUCAGAUUGGCAUAGUAACGGAUUUAACACCAGGGAUUUUUUUACACCACCCAGUGUUCAUAACAGAUACAUGGAAGGUAUCUUUUCUAAUGGAAAGAAACAUGGUCAUUAUAAUAACAACAACAAUAGACAAAGACGUUCUAGCUUUUCACAAAGCAGCAAUAAUAACGUCAGAAAUUUUCUACGGGCUACAUCACCAGGGAGACAUUCACCAGGCAAAUAUAUCCCACCAAAUGCUAGAAACCAUCACAACUGGUCAUUAGAUUCAGAGCCACCAAAUACCAAUACUUAUCACGAGCAGUUCACCAAGAGUGGUAGCGAUAGUAGUAGCGGUGGCGGAAAUGGUGCCAACGACAUGGAUGACGUGUUAUUUACCCUGGAGGAAAAUGACAACGAUUUCGUUAACGAUUUGGAUAGUUUGUCACUUCAUGACUCUAACCAAGGUAAGGCAUCAACACCUACUGAACUACAAAGGCCAACUUCAGCUGAUAUGCCUACAGUUCAAGUCACAGGUGAAAACGAUGAUUUACCAGAUCUGUUGAAAUCCCCCGCUCCUGAACCCCAUCAAGGUCUUUAUCCAACGACUGGUGGAUUGAACAAUUUUUUGAAACCCCUUGCCGGUAAUGGGAAUGAGGAUAGUGGCCAUAGCGAUAGUGAUAGUAAUAGGAAUGUUAAUUACGAAACUAACAAUCCAAUUCCCCAACAGACAAAACCCCCACGUAAAUCAUCGGAAUCUGAUAGCAAGUACAAGGCCGGUGUUUACAUUCCACCUCAUCACAGGAGAAAUUCUGUAUCUAAUCCCGUAGCUAAUGAAGCUACAUUGUCUGUUACGAACAAUUCUUUAAAUUAUUCUACUUCAUUUCAAGCAAGGCGUCAAUCAGGUGGUAAUAGUUAUCGUCAUAGACCAUUCAUACCACCAAUGAAUAAUAACCAUUCAGACUUCACCACUGCAGUGCAAGAUAACGAUAUCUUUGCUCAAACCAGCAGUGAUGCCUUACUUUUUGAAGAUGAUGAUGUACCAACUCGAACUUUGCCAAGAUUCAAUGCUAACCAUCCUGGUGAAAGAUCGAUGUUUGGACCUUAUGAAAUUUACGAUAAUGGUGCAUUACCGUUGGGUAAAGCUCGCGCCGGUCGUAAGUCUAGCACAUUCCAAGAAGAAGCAGUGGGAUCUUUGGAACAGUACAAAAAUAAUUGGUUAAUUCUUCAACAACAACAGGAUUAA